AUGCCUACUUCCAACAACUCCCUCGAAUUUGUUAUGGACAAGCACUGUAAAAUGGUCAGUCACAGCGGUUCUGCAGACCAAACCCAGUUUUCUGGAAUUGCUUUCGACCCCUUGUGCGAUUUCAACCAAGAGAUUGUCGACGAAAUGCAUGGAGAAGUUGUACUCCGAUCUGUGACAGAUGUCUUUGUCAACCAUGCCGAUAUGGAAUGGACCCAUACCUCGGCCGGAAACCCAGCAGUCACAAACCUCCUCAGUCUCAAAAGUUUCCUGCCAACCGAAGUCAACGAGGCCACAACCAAGACAAUUGUUGCACAGAAGCCAAAGACGAAUCUGUUGGAGAAGGUCGAUCCUGAUUCUGUUCCCACUGCAGAAAGCAUACACUGGAAAAAUAACAAUAAAUACACACCGGGAAAUUCAGGCAUACUAUUUGGGGUUUUGCCUAUUUCCACUGGUACCAAAGCUGAUCUGGUUACAUGUGCACAGACCUGCUAUCUACAAGUAGUACCAAGAAAACUUUAUUUCAAACUUUGUUUUUUUGCUGUAAUACAAUCUGUUUCCAUGUUAAAGGUUAAUAAUCAGGGACUACGUCGCAUGUGUAUUGUUGAACUAUCCCUGGGUGAAUAG